AUGCUCAAUGGGACUCCGCACAGCCUCCGCGCCGUCCAGAUCACCAGGGUCGCCCACCGCGAGGACGAGACUCUGGUUGGCCCACUCGUGGAAGACGAGGGCUCGAGUAACCCGACAUGGAGCACGGCAUGGAACACCGGCCCGGCCUGGGGCUCAGGCACGAAUAACAAUGCCUCUUGGACUACACCGGACACCCCCUCUAAAUCGACCUCCAAUCCCUGGGCGAACUCUUUAGCGCCCGUAUCUCCGCAACGACCUGGCUCACCCGUUCCUAAAUGGGGCACCCCGACUUGGGGCACAGCCGUCGAAACUGGAGGCGGUGGCUGGGGUAGCUCCGCCAAGUGGGGAGUGACGGUCGAUGCCAGCGAUGGCUGGCGCAACGCUGUGGCAUCGGAGACAGCUACCGGUACUGAACCUGGCUGGAGCGACUCACCGGGCACGGGCAUCGAGCCUACCAACUGGACGUCUGCGGAUGCGCUCGAACCCGUGCCGAAGCCUUCAGACAGCCCAAGUACUGCGGCUGGUCCGUCCGCUGCGCCUGCGCCUUGGUCCUCUAAUCCCUGGCAGUCUUCGGUGCGUGACUCUCCGCGACCUGGCUCGCCCGUGCCUCGAUGGGACCCUACAUCGUGGAGCGCAACUGUCAAAACCGGUGGCGACUAUACCACUGAGGCUGGUGCCUCCGUGUCCGGAGACCGCGAUAAUGCCAAAAGUUCAGUUGUCAACCAGGCCACUUCGUGGAAUACUGGCGAUGACUGGAAUAUGGAUAUCGUACCUACAGAGACAGAUCUGGUGCCGAUUCCUGCUGCAAGUACUUCGACUGGCGGUGCUGGAGAUGAUGCAGUCGCCUCGUGGUCGGCCGUUCACGCCGGAGAUCGUGCAGCAGAACAUCAGCCACCGGCUGCUGUGGCUGAUUCAGACUGGCCAAUGACUGACGAGACGUUGCGUCCUGCAACCUUGGCCGAGAAGAAGCCGGAUAUGCAAGCAGCUCCAGACAAGCCACGGGACUCGCAGGAAAGAACGAAGGCCCACUCGCGGACCUCUUCCCGCCACACAACUCCCAUGGAUGUCAGACGCCCGCUACGAUUGCGCUCUAUAUCCCCUGACGUUCAGGGCAGUCCUGUCAAAGCCGUGAGGGCUCUUGCACAAGCUGUCUUGUCCUAUGUGGAGUGGGAAAACGCAAAACAAGCCCUUGCACGUUCGAAGAGCCUCUCCAAAGUGCGCAAAUACGCACAUGCCUGUCCACUAGCACAGGAAAAGAUCAAGCAGGAUCUGAAGCACCACGAGAAGGGAUUUGUGAGAGCCCAGAAGCACCGCAAUGAUGCCUUGCGGGCACUGGCGCUGCAGUCGUCGUGUUUUGAGCUUUCGGACCAGUCAGAAGUGGCUGGACGGACAAAUUCUCUGGAGCGAUUCGAGCGGUACGCAGCCGAAGUCAAAGCGUGGCUCGAGGAUGUGCGGCCGCUCGUUGAGCCUCGACGGCUUCAACACCCGUCGGCAGGCAAGACACUGAAUGCAACGGCCUCUACGAGCGAUACCCGCUUCCCAGCACAGCGGGCUGAUGCACAGCUCAUACAAUUCCUGCGCGACGCCACAGAUCGGAUCGAUCAGAUGGACGUUAGAGUCAGGGAGCUGGAAGCCUACCAGGAAGGCCUUCGAACCGCCGCGCAGGAGUCUGUCAACAGGGCGGGGACGGUGGCAGGUUCCCUUCCAACUCCCAGGUCACAUGCCCUGGGAGAGACCGUGCCACCUGAGCAGUUGCAGACGCAGGAGGUGGAGAUUGCUAAAACGCAGAGCCAGUUAGCGAUGAGACAGGCCGAAGUGGCUGAGGUGUCGCAACGGGGGCAAGUCACGCUUGUCGACUUGCAGCAGCUGCGUGUCGAACAGGAGCAGCUGAGGAUGAGGAUCACAGAACUGAAAGCAUCUGACAACGCUGUACGCCAGGACUUCGACAAGUUGUCGAGCACACUAUCUAGCUUGAAGUCUAUAAUCGCCGAUCUCCAUCAGCGACCUUGCACUUCCAAGACUGUAGCACCAGCACCGGUGCCUCCUCCUCCAGCCUUCACCUACGAUGAGAUCGUCAUUGCUCUCCUCCCUGAACUCUCCAAGGCCUCUCGCGAGGACCUCGACAUGGGCCUCGAGCAACUCCGUGGAGGUUUCGAGAGCGCAACGGCACAGCAAACCAGACAGCUAAACGAUGCUGUUUGGAAACAGCUUCAACCCAUACUUUCAGUUGCUCGUCUCAUCCAAAACGACGAGAUGGCAGAUGGCAGCUCAGACGUAGAAUUUGCCCUAAGUCAGAUAUCAACUAUUGCCUUGGUGUAG